UUGAUCAAAAGCGAGAGAGCUCAUCAGCAUCCAUUAGAGCAGAUGCUUCGAUGGUAACGCUGUCGUUUCCAUCUCCCUCGCUCUCUUUCGUAGAGAGCGGGACAUGUAGUAAAUCGACUCACGUUUCUCGGGUUCUCUUCUCUGGUCCUCACGGAGAAUCGUCUGAACCAUCCAAGAUACUGAGAGAUGUUCAUAUAUCAGAGAGGUUGAUGGAGGAUUUCACUGAGCUAGCGAGAGAGAACACUGACAAGGACCUCGAGACUUGUGGAACUCUCGCUGCCUUCCUCGAAAGAGGAGUUUUUUAUGUGACCACUCUGAUAAUACCUAAGCAAGAAUCAACUGCUAACUCUUGCCAAGCUAUGAAUGAAGUGGAUGUGUUUUCCAUACAGAACGAAAGAGAGCUUUAUCCCGUUGGAUGGAUUCAUACUCAUCCUUCUCAGGGCUGUUUCAUGUCAUCAGUAGAUUUGCAUACCCAUUACUCGUAUCAGGUAAUGGUGCCAGAGGCUUUUGCAAUCGUGGUGGCUCCAACUGAUAGCUCUAGGAGUUAUGGGAUAUUUAAGCUAACGGACCCUGGAGGAAUGGAGGUACUGAGAGGCUGCUCAGAGACAGGAUUCCACCCGCACAAAGAACCGGAAGAUGGAAAGCCGGUUUAUGAGCAAUGCUCAAACGUCUACAAGAACUCAAACCUUAGGUUCGAGAUUUUCGAUCUGCGCUGAGGUAAGGUAAGCAACCCUUCAGUGG